AUGGCGGCCACCAUGUCGGAAAACGUGAGCAACCUUGAGGACUGUGCUAAAGAUGAUUCUGUCUCUGAUUCAGAUGAAGCCAGCAAUAAUUCUGAAGAAGAAGAAGCAGAAUCGGAAAGUGAAAGUGAGGAAGAGGGGAAUAGUGAAGAUGAAGAAGAAGACGAUGACGAAUCGGAGGCACCCAAACCCAAGACCAUUUUGUGUGAUGAUAUGAUAUCCAGAUUAUGUUGUCAUCCAAGUGAUAACAUCCUGGCUGGAGCUAUGAUGGAUGGCACUGUUAAACUGUAUUCUUUUUCACCAGAAAUGCCAAGUGAAGAGAUUAUGUCCUUGCCAGCUCAUCAGAAAGCCUGUAGGGGUGUGGCCUUCUCAGAUGAUGGUAAAACACUCUACACAAUUUCAAGGGACAAGUCACUAAGGGUUUUUGAUGCCAACACUGGACAGACGACACAGCAGUUUCUUAAGGCACAUGAUAGCCCCCUCUACUGUUUACUGGUUGCUGAUGAGAAUCUUAUUGCCACAGCUGAUGAUGAUGGUCAAUUCAAAGUGUGGGAUCUGAGAAAGAAACAUGCUAUUAUGGAAGUAAAGGAGAAUGAAGAUUACAUCAGUGAAAUGGCCAUUGACAAGGCUAGACGGAUCAUUGUGGCAACGAGUGGUGAUGGUACAAUGUCUUCUUUCAACAUCAGACGAAGGAAGUUUGUGAUGAAAUCAGAGAAUGUUCAGAACGAGAUGAUGACAAUAACACUAGUAAAGGAUGGAAAGAAAAUUGUGUGCGGAGCGAGUGACGGCGCCCUCAACAUCUACAACUGGAAUGAGUUUGGUGAUCUGAGUGACCGCUUCCCCGGUCACCCACAGUCUGUUGAUUGCUGUGUGGCACUCACUGAUAGCAUUGUGUUUACUGGCAGCAUGGAUGGAAUGAUCAGAGCCGUCAGCAUCCUCCCAAAUCGUUUCCUUGGUGUGGUUGGAGACCACGGUGACUUCCCAAUUGAGUCUCUCGCGGUCACCCCAGACAAACAGGUCCUCAUCAGUUGCUCCCACGACCAGAAAAUUAAAUUCUGGAACGUGUCGCACCUCCUCAAGAAAGAUGUGGACCCCCAGGCUAAGGCUGAACCCAAGAAUAAAUUCAGACAUUUCAACGCCAAGGGAAAGCAUGAGAACUUCUUUUCUGGUCUGAAAUAACAUUAAUAAAAAUCUGAGGUUUUAAAUAUAAACUUUUCCUGAUCAGUUGCUCCCACGACCAGGAAAUUAAGUUGUGGAAUGUGUCGCACCUCCUCAAGAAAGACGAGGAACUCCAGGCUAAGGCUGGACACAAGAACAAAUUCAGACAUUUGAACGCCAAGGGAAAGCAUGAGAACGUCUUUUCUGGUCUGACAUAACAAUAAUAAAGAACUUGAAUUUAACGCUCGUAACCACUCUGCCAUGACACCCAUGACACAUGAUUGCCCAUGGGUUUGUUUACUUUGUAUAGUCUCAGCCAUCACAAUAUAAUAGCUAAGAUCUACAAUAAAAAGCUGAGGUUUUAAAUUAAACCCUUUUUUUCUGCAAGUAAACAUGUUGAAUUUUGUUUAGCAAGCCCUGAUAUAUUUUUAAACCUUUUUUUAAGUAAUCAAAGAGCUCAAGUGAGCGUUUAAGUUUUUUGUUAUUAAGUGUUUAUUUUCAGAGGGCAGCGUGGGCUUCUUUUCAUUGUAUACAUAGUUUACCAUUCCAUAGGUACAGCAACAACAAAAAGUGUAAAAGAAGGCAAAGUUUCUUUUAUGUCAAAAUUGGAUUUUUUUAAACUUUGUUCUUUAAAAGUUAUUUAUGAAGUUAUGUAAUUAUUUGUUUUGCAUUUUCUAAAGGAUAAAAUACGACGAGGAUAAUACAUUAGUUGUAAUGUAUUCCCUGUUUUUAUGAACAAUAAACAAUAUAAUUUUUGAAAAAGAUCACAGAAGAGUUUGAGAAAACAUUUUGUCUUCCUUAAAUGGUGAGAUUUGUUUUGGCUGUGCACUAUUAAUACUUAUCAGCUUAUUUUUGCUAGUACUUUAAAUAAGCUAGCGUACUGA